CCAAAAAUAUGUUUAGCACUUUAGUAAAUUUAGAGCUUCUCUAUUUGAGUAAUAACAAUCUUACGAUUAUUCAUUCGGAUUCAUUUGGCAUUCAUAAAAAAUUAAACGACGUUUUAUUAGACAACAAUAAAAUUUAUGCAAUCGACGAAAAAUUCUUUGACAAUACAGCAGUUGAGACAGCUGAUAUGAUUGAUAUGGGAGAUAAUGAGUGCAUUGAGGAAACUGUAUACAAGAAAGGACAAAAUAUCAGGAAGAGUUUUAAGAAAUGUUUUGAAAAUUAUAAACCUCGUGAAGAAUCUUAAGAAUGUGAGCUUUUAUGAUUAAAAUCGUUUUUUGAGAUUGUAAUAAAAAUU